AUGCAAGCUGAAACAACAUGUGUCACUAUAGCGAAGUUGGAGAAGUUUGAAGUUGGUAAUUCCGGUUGGUAUUACGAUGGUUGUGUCGAAUGUACCAAGAGCGUCGCUGUAAAAGAUGGCAAACUUAAGUGCUAUGCAAAUCACAUAAGUUCUGAACCCGUGCCAAGGUACAAGCUUGAAGUGUUGGGAGUUGAUGGUAAAUUCAAGUCCCGCUUCGUCUUUUGGGAUAGUGACUGUUUCAAGUUAAUUGGAAAAUCUGCUCUACAGAUGAAAAAUGAAUUAGUGGAGGCCGGUGAAGACAAUCCGUUAGAAUUCCCUUUUGGUCUUGAUGCUAUGUUGAAGAAGGAGUUGGCAAUUAGAGCUGUUUUUCAACCGAAAUUUAAUCGUCUUUCGGUUAUUAGCUUUAAAGACGAUGAAGAUUCACAUAAGAAAGUUAAGGACACCUUCAAGUCUCAUGAGGUAUGUAUUAACAUAUUAUUGGCAAAUGUUUCAAGUGCCCUUCGUUCACAGAAAAAAAUUAUUCUUACUGUUGCUUCAAGUGGGAUAGCAUCAUUAUUAUUGCCAGGUGGAAGAACCGCACAUUCAAAGUUCAAAGUACCCAUGCCAACACUUGACAACUCAACUUGCAAUAUCGACAAAGACACUGAUCAUUCACAACUACUUGAAGCCACCGAUGUCAUAAUAUGGGAUGAAGCACCUAUGUCUCAUAGGCACUGCUUUGAGGCAUUGGAUAAAACCCUAAAAGAUGUCAUGAGCAAAAAGGGUUUCCAAAAUGCAAUUUUUGGUGGAAAGGUUGUUGUUUUCGGAGGAGAUUUCCGACAGAUUCUUCCAGUUGUUCCUAGAGCAAGUCGUUCUGAUAUUGUCCAUGCAUCUAUUAGCUCAUCCUAUGUUUGGGAAUAUUGUCAGGUUCUAAAGCUCACAAAGAAUAUGAGACUUCGACAUGGAAGGGAUAAUACAAGUUUUGAUGAACUAGCAAAAUUCUCAAAAUGGAUAUUGCAAGUUGGUGAUGGUAAGAUUUCUGAACCAAAUGAUGGAUUGGUUGAUAUAGAAAUUCCAAAAGAAUUAUUAAUUUCAAAUUUUGAAGAUCCAAUAAGGGCUAUCGUUGAUUACACAUAUCCAAAUUUGUUGGAAAAAUUUCAAGAUGUUACGUUCUUACAAGGAAAAGCCAUUCUUGCCUCAACCAUUGAAGUUGUGGAUAGAAUCAAUCAUUACAUAUUGGAUCUGAUACCAGGGGAAGAGAAAGAGUAUUUGAGUUUCGAUUCAAUUGAUAGAACAGACACAACUUAUAAUGAAUCUUAUGAAGUUUUAACUCCUGAAUUUCUUAGUAAAUUAAGAACAUCAGGAAUUCCAAAUCAUAAGAUCAAAUUGAAGGUCGGUACACCUAUUAUGCUAAUGAGAAAUUUGGACCAGGUUGAUGGACUGUGCAAUGGAACAAGAUUAAUUGUUACAAGGUUAGCAAACCAUGUCAUAGAGGCAAAAAUCAUGUCUGGAAAGAACAUAGGUAACAUUUUUUACAUUCCAAGAAUGUCUAUGUCACCGUCUGAUUCACCUUGGCCAUUUAAGUUGUUUCGGAGACAAUUUCCAAUAAUUGUCUCCUAUGCAAUGACAAUUAAUAAAUCCCAAGGUCAAUCACUUGAUAGUGUUGGAUUGUACUUGCCUACUCCAGUAUUUAGUCAUGGUCAGUUGUAUGUUGCUAUUUCACGAGUUAAGAGCAAAAGUGGGCUAAAAAUCCUAAUCCAUGACAAGGACAAUUCACCGUGUUCGACUACUACAAAUGUUGUGUACAAGGAGGUCUUCGAAGCACUUGGUUAACCGGCAUGCUAGCCAUCAUGUGGUCACACACAAUUCAAUUGAAUGAGACUACUUGAUCCUCAUUCGGCCAAAGACACAGUUGUUUGUUAACUUUUGAUAGCAUUUUUUUUACUUUGAAUAAUUGGACUAUGGUUGAAAUUUCUAUUGUUUUUUUUUUAUUUAAGAAUGUUUCAAAUUUCAAUUUAUUUUAGUUUUAAAUUCAUUUUAGUUUUAAGAUCCAGAAUACUUUUCGAACUAAAGUUUACUAUGCUAUUUGUCCAGAAUAGCUAUAUAAAUCUGCCCUUUUAUUUUA